GUGGAACCAUAAGUAGUAACUGGAUGUGUGGUAGGGGGACUUUUCGCGUGCACGUUUCCUGUUUAUAGGAAUUUUCAAUAUGUGGUGGUUUUAGCACUUCUUUGUGCUUAAUAUUUCGUCGAAGCGUCAGAAAAUAAAAAUAAGCUUCGUUUUUACUCGUAUAGAUGGAAAUAUAAGUCUAACUGGGAGGUGCGACUGCAGGUUGUAUUUUCUGUGCAUGGACGCAAAACUAAUGCGCAGGGGUACCAGUGCUCGCCCAGACACCACCGGAAUGGACAUCACCAGUCGUUGCACCCUGGGUGACCCCAACAAGCUCCCGGAGGGCGUUCCCCAGCCGGCGCGGAUGCCCUACGUGUCGGACAAGCACCCCCGGCAGACCCUGGAGGUGAUCAACCUGCUGCGCAAGCACCGGGAGCUCUGCGACGUGGUGCUGGUGGUGGGAGCCAAGAAGAUCUACGCCCACCGGGUGAUCCUGUCGGCCUGCAGCCCCUACUUCCGCGCCAUGUUCACGGGCGAGCUGGCCGAGAGCCGGCAGACGGAGGUGGUGAUCCGCGACAUCGACGAGCGGGCCAUGGAGCUGCUCAUCGACUUCGCCUACACGUCGCAGGUGACGGUGGAGGAGGGCAACGUGCAGACCCUGCUGCCCGCCGCCUGCCUGCUGCAGCUGGCCGAGAUCCAGGAGGCGUGCUGCGAGUUCCUCAAGCGCCAGCUGGACCCCUCCAACUGCCUGGGCAUCCGCGCCUUCGCCGACACGCACUCCUGCCGGGAGCUGCUGCGCAUCGCCGACAAGUUCACCCAGCACAACUUCCAGGAGGUGAUGGAGAGCGAGGAGUUUAUGCUGCUGCCGGCCAAUCAGCUGAUCGAUAUCAUCUCCAGUGACGAAUUGAACGUACGCAGUGAAGAGCAGGUGUUCAACGCUGUCAUGGCCUGGGUCAAAUACAGCAUACAGGAACGCCGGCCACAGCUGCCGCAGGUACUUCAGCACGUCCGCCUGCCUCUUCUAAGCCCCAAGUUCCUGGUGGGGACUGUGGGGUCUGACCCCCUCAUCAAGAGCGAUGAGGAGUGCAGAGACCUAGUCGAUGAAGCCAAGAACUACCUCCUCUUGCCACAAGAGCGCCCCCUAAUGCAAGGACCACGCACUCGUCCCCGCAAGCCAAUCCGAUGCGGAGAGGUCCUGUUUGCAGUUGGAGGGUGGUGCAGCGGUGACGCCAUCUCCAGCGUGGAGCGCUACGACCCCCAGACCAACGAGUGGCGCAUGGUGGCCUCCAUGAGCAAGAGGCGCUGCGGCGUGGGCGUGAGCGUCCUGGACGACCUCCUGUACGCCGUGGGGGGUCACGACGGCUCCUCGUACCUCAACAGCGUGGAGAGGUACGACCCCAAAACCAACCAGUGGAGCAGCGAUGUGGCCCCCACCAGCACCUGCAGGACUAGUGUUGGGGUGGCGGUGCUGGGAGGGUAUCUGUAUGCGGUCGGAGGCCAGGAUGGAGUCUCCUGCCUCAACAUUGUGGAAAGAUACGACCCCAAGGAGAACAAGUGGACCCGAGUGGCGUCCAUGAGCACCCGGCGGCUGGGCGUGGCCGUAGCUGUGCUGGGGGGGUUUCUCUAUGCAGUGGGGGGCUCGGACGGAACCUCCCCCCUCAACACAGUGGAGAGGUACAACCCCCAGGAGAACCGCUGGCACACGGUGGCGCCGAUGGGCACGCGACGGAAGCACCUGGGCUGCGCCGUGUACCAGGACAUGAUCUACUCCGUGGGCGGCCGCGACGACACCACCGAGCUGAGCAGCGCCGAGCGCUAUAACCCCAGGACCAACCAGUGGUCCCCCGUGGUCGCCAUGACGUCUCGGCGGAGCGGGGUUGGUUUAGCUGUGGUAAAUGGACAGUUAAUGGCUGUGGGAGGCUUUGAUGGAACAACGUACCUGAAAACUAUUGAGGUCUACGAUCCCGAUGCAAAUACAUGGAGGCUGUAUGGCGGUAUGAACUAUCGGAGGCUGGGAGGAGGUGUCGGAGUUAUCAAAAUGACGCACUGUGAAUCGCAUAUAUGGUAACCAUGGUAACUCCCCAGGUGCCUCCCUGUAGCCUGUGCUUCCUCCAAAGACAUUUGUGCAUCAUGCAAGAAUGAACUUAUACUCCAACCAUCAGCAACCAUCCAGCCAGCAGUCUGAGAAGAAUGUGAGGAUCCUCCCUGAGAGAGGUCAGAGGUUAACAUGCAGGCAGUUUCUCAUCACCUUCUGCUCGCUUUGGGACCUUGGGACCUGUAGUUCUUCUCAUCAUUGCUCUGCCUGUACUAAAUGGAUGGUCUGACACUUUGAUCUCCAUGGCUGGAUGCUGCAGCUGUUAUGCAUUCACUCAGUGCUGCGUUUCUGCAUGGCUGCAGUGACUCGCAGGAACGCAGCACAAUGUCUUGCUUUUCCGAUUCCGGCACUGUGCCCAACAGGAAAGUUCUCUGGGAAGGAAGACACUCAAUGUUACUGGACAUAUAAAGAGCACAUUGGGUUCCAUGACGGUCACUUAGACUCUUAGGAGAUGGAUCAUUAGUUACUCAUGGUUGGAUUCCGUUAAUUUGUAUUCCUUAUGCCAUUUAUAGUUUGUAUACAGAGCAGUCCAGGAAGACAUUUCACCAAUUGGCCAUACAUGUGGCCUGCUGUAACAUUGGUAUAUGGGCAGUGAUAAUGAUAUAAUAUAGGCUGUGGCAACAUUAGCAUUUGGGCCUGGGUAACAUUGGCCUGUGGGCAGUGGUAAUGUUAUCAUAUAGGCUAUAGGCUGUGGCAACAUUAGCAUUAGAGCCUGUGUAACAUUGGCCUGUGGGCAGUGGUAAUGUUAUCAUAUAGGCUGUGGCUACAUUAGCAUUUGGGCCUGGGUAACAUUGGCCUGUGGGCAGUGGUAAUGUUGUCAUAUAGGCUAUAGGCUGUAGCAACAUUAGUAUUUGAGCCUCUGUAACACUGGCCUGUUGGCAGUGGUAAUGUUGGCCUAUGAGUAUCAGAAACAUUGGUCUAUGGACAGUGGUAAUGUGGACAUCUUGGUACUGUAGAGCUCUUGAGGUCUUGGAUGCAUCGCUCCCUGAAUGGGAGUGCUAAAUGGGCAAACUAAGCCUGGAGGAAAGCCUUUGAUCAUAUUUUACUGCUCUCGGUUCACUUUGAAAAGGUUAAGGUGUGUUUAACUUAUUUUUUUAAAUUUCAUACUAUCAUUUUUGAAGAAUAGGUGCACUUUAUUGCCAAUUUGGAAAUGAAAGUACAAGGCAAUAGCAAUUUGCGUUCAGUGAGUCUUCGGCCUGGUACUUCUGACGGCAAUGAGAAUAUUAAAUGUAUUCAUUGUAUAUUUUGGAUACGUGUCAAUCAUGGACAUGAUGCAUCGUGACCGUAAUUACUACUUUCAAUUUAAACAUUGCCAUUUUGAAUAACUAGUAAUGUAUCCAUUCUUCAAACUCCUAAUGCAAAAAUUAGUGGACGGGUUAUUUUGUGGACUUCAUAUGCAUUUGAAUGUCCAUUUAAUUAGAAAAUGUACUGCCAGCUUUUAUUGGAUUGGCUCUAAUUGGCAUUACAUCCACAGAUGUUACUUCAAGUGUUGGCUGUAUCAUGAAGAUGUAAUCCCACGAUUCUGCAAAUGUGAGCUUAUUUCUAUUAAAUCUAACCAUUAUUUAGUCCUUUAUUGUACGAUGACUGGAACUGGGAACGAGUUAGUUUGAUUCAAAAGGUUUUUAGGUGAAAUCAAUUGGCUUGGAAUCUCCUAGCUGGUUUUAAGGAAUCUCUGUGCAGUUUAUUGCUGGGGAAGUUGUAUUUUGCGGUUUUGUUGGCCAAUGGAGCAAUAUUUGCACCUUUUAUUCCUGGAUAUUUGUCAAACCAAACAAUGCAUUUCAAUCUGCUUUCGACACAGACCAGUCAAAGCUGGUUGGCUGAAAUAUUUUUUCCAAGCGUGCAAAGUCAGAGGGAAAUGGGCUAUAAGAGACUAAUCUGUUGGCUAUUCCAGUGUGCAUGAAAGCCUGGGAAUCCAGGAAUCAUUUCACCCACUUCAACACCAGAGCAAUGUCUGCACUCUAACCUAUGCAGUCAAUAAACUGUUUUCAGUA